UACCCUGAUCUUCGAACCGCUCUUCAGUUACCAAAAUUAUCCCGACAGCAACUGAGAAUCUUUUCUCUCUUUCUUGAACCUUACGUAUUAAUUUUGGCCCUUCAUGAUGUGUUUCGGCAGCAGGGAGGAUGUCGAGGCCAAGAGGUCCAAAGAGAUAGACGCUCUUAUCCACAGAGAUGAAAAGGUUAUGCAGCGACAAGUUAAGUUGUUAUUAUUGGGUGCUGGAGAAUCUGGAAAGUCAACAAUUCUCAAACAGAUGAGACUUAUUUAUACCGAUAAAGGUUUCUCAAAGACUGAAAAAGAAGAAUGGCGCAUUAUCAUCUUUCACAACAUUUUGGAUGGCUUGCGAAUGACAGUGGAGGCAAUGAAUGAUUUCAAUACUCCCUUCGAACACGAAAGCACCAAACAAUACCUUUCAAUAAUCACAGAAGAAAAGGAUCUCAGACCAUGCGAACCAAUUCCUCUCGAAUACCUCAGAGCAUUCAAAGAUAUGUGGGCAGAUGCAGGUAUCCAGAAGACUGUUGAGAGAGGAAAUGAGUUUGCUCUGCAUGAUAAUUUGGGCUAUUUCUUCGAAGAUUUAGAUCGUCUCUUCAGCAAGGAAUUCGUUCCAACCGAUCAAGAUGUUCUUCGUGCCAGAUUAAGAACUACUGGUAUCACCGAAACACACUUCGAUCUCGGCUCAUUGCAAUACAGAAUGUUCGAUGUUGGAGGACAAAGAUCAGAACGAAAGAAAUGGAUCCAUUGCUUCGAGAAUGUCAAUGCAUUGCUAUUCUUAGUUGCUAUCAGUGGUUAUGACCAGUGUCUAGCUGAAGACAAGGAUGGAAACCAAAUGCAAGAAGCUUUAAUGCUUUGGGAGUCGAUUGCUAACUCUCAUUGGUUUAAACACUCCGCAUUGAUUCUCUUCUUGAACAAGAUCGACUUGUUUAAAGCAAAGAUUGGUCACAGCCCGAUUACCAAGUUUGGGUUUUCCGAUUUCCAAGGAGAUACCACAAGCUCGCAACAAACCUCUAAAUACUUCAUGGACAAGUUUAUUGCUCUGAACCGAACCCCUGGACGCGAAGUUUAUGGCCAUUUCACAAACGCCACCGAUACCGAUCUCCUCAAAGUCACGAUGAGCUCCGUGCAAGAUAUGAUCAUACAGAAAAAUCUUCAAAAGUUGAUCCUUUGAUAAUUAACCUCUGUCUGUUCGGAGCCAAGCCUUCAAGAUUUCCCAUUCCAACAAAAGCAUGACCCCUCUCUAUCUGAGCAGCACAGAACCCCCGUUAAUAUAAAUACGACCAUUUGCUGCGGUGAAUAUUAGUACGCCUUAAAAAUAUCGCAUCGCAUCUGCUUCUGGUCUUUUAUGAGUCGUCCUAGCGACGCCAGGCAAAAAUUCCAUCUUACACCGCAUAUGGAGCAAAUUUCUCUUCACCAAAAUACCCACACACUUUAACAUGUCUUUUUCCUUUUUCUUUUCUUAAUUAUUUCAUUUGAGGGCAGAUGAAAGAUCAUUCGGCGGAUUUUCGAAUAUAAGAUGGCUUGUAUAAUACAAUCAACGUAUCGAUCAAUCGGAGAUGCGGUCUGCAUCUGUUUGCUGUUCAUACACAACUCCUCGGUUGAUUAUCCAGCUGGCGGUGUCAUGUUUAUCCAUGUAUUUCUCUUCACUUGAGGAUAUACAAUGCAUACAACUCAUAGCCUUGCUUUUAUGCAAUGUCAAAUGACGGUGGUGGAGUUUCGCUUGCAUGGAGGAGGAAGGACAAAACAAGGGAGUUUAAUCUAAUAUUUACAAGGACGAGUAUUGACUGAUUGGAAUGAGAGAAUCGAAUUUGGGGGAGGAAUAUAUUUUCGAAAUUUUCAUGCAGUUAGUUGGUUGACCUCGCUUCUCUCAGGUGGAUGUUGCUUUUAUUUUAGAUUUUAUUGAGGGGAAGGGGAAUACGGGGUAGGGGGAAAGGGAAU